AUGGCUUCUGAUGAGACAAUGGUCAAUCCUCAGGAGAUAGAGGAUGUCCAUUCUACCGCUAAACGGUCUAUUGAUAUUGAGAGCGUGAAGCGCAAGAAGUUCAAGACCGAUGACCUGCCCUUGUCUGCCGCGCAACAUGCAGCCAUUGACAAACUCCUACAUUCAUUCAAGAAGAAAGGUGGCUUUGAUAGUGUUCGCAAACAAAUAUGGGCUGACUUCAAUGAUGGAGAACUUCGAACUGAUUUUACCAACAAGUUGGUCGCACUUGCAGAAUCGGAGAUCGAUCGCGAGCCCGCACUGCUGUCCCGCGAGAGAGGAAAAGCAGCGACACUAAUCGAGGGUGCGGUGGACCGUGGUGAUGUCUACAAGAGCGUGGAGGACUCCAUCGACCAAUUAGCAUCCAAACACCUGGAUUUUAUCCUCGCAUCUGUUCGUGAGAUCCGAUGCCAGGACGUUGGAGAGGAAGUCGCCGCCCGUGAACUCGAGCUAGGGAACAAAACCGAUGCAGAUUACGAAGCAUACGUCAGCGCCCAGCGGGAGGAGCGGGAAAAGGUGUGGCGCGAAGAGGAGCGCAAACAGAGAGAGAUUGAGGAAGAGGAAAAACGCAUCAGGGAUGAAGAACGCAAAAAGAAACGCGAACUUGAACGCCAGAAAGACGACGAAGACCGGGCCCGGAGAAAGGAAAUUGAUGAACAGAGGCGCGCCGAUCGUGAACGCCAACGCGAAGAGCAACGGAUACUCGACGAGCAGCGAGAACGAGAGCGAGAUGAAAGGUAUGAGCGACGAAGGCGAGAAGACAGGGAGCGAUACCGAGGCUGGGACCGUGACCGCAGUCGAACCCGAGAUAGAGAUCGUUUCCGUGACCGCUCUCCGGCCUAUCGCUCUGACCGUGGCUUAUCCCCCCGGCCCCGGGAUUCAAAACACGACAAGUCGUCUACGUCGAAUGCUCCCACUCCUGUGCUAGCGCCCCUUGUUGAUGAGAAGUCACUUGAGGAGGCUGCUUUGCAAAUGCUCUUGAAAGAAGGCGAAGAACUCGCAGCCAAGGCUCGGCAGAAGCCCGAGUUUGACUUUGAAGAAGCCGAGGCUAUUGAAAAUGGACUGAAACCGCCAGCGUCAACAUUAGGACCGGCCAAGAACGCCAAUGAUUCCAGGUUUUCCAAUACAUCUACCAGAGCGGCCAGCCGAGAUGCUGGCGCGAGGCGUGGUUCUCUUGCAGACCGGGGAGAUCGGCCUCGACAUUUGACUCGGGAUCGAAGCCGUAGUCGCUCGCGGCGGCGCCGCACAUCCCGUUAUGACACAGAUCGUCGACGUGAGCGAUCUCGGGAUACUUCUGUGAGGUCUCGAGAUCGUGAUAUGGAUGCGCGACGUGGCUACCGUGACUUCCGGGAUGACCGAGGUGGUGGAAGCUACAGGCCAAGCCGUCGCAGCCGCAGUCGAUCCGCCGGCCGGCGUGACCGGGACCGCAGUAUUGGCCGAGAUAGAGAUAGAAUACGUGAUCGAUCGCGGUCCAAAGACCGGGACCGUGACCGGGACCGCAGCCGCAACCGAGACCGAGAUCAUGACAAUUAUCGCCCUCGGCGCAGUCGGCCCUCUCGCUCACCCAUACGCCGACGUUCUCGCAGCCGCUCUCGUUCACCCAUACGUCGACGUUCUCGCAGCCGCUCACGCUCGCGCCCUCGCGCCCGUGACCGUCCUCGGUCACGUUCUCGAUCUAAUAGACGGCGAUCUAGGUCUCGGCGUCGCUCGCCUUCUCCUACUCUAGAUAUUGAUCGUUACGUGCCCUCCACGAGCAACCGAAGCAAGUCACCCCGCCGCCGGGUCCGAUCUCCAGAGCGAGAGCGAGAACAGCGACCCCGGCUAGCCGACAUUGACCGUUACAAACCUGUAUCUGAACGGGACAAGGAUCUGGCUCAAGCAAAAGAAGGGGAUCUUGAGGUUGGCACAGAAAAAAAGGAGAAAGAAAAAGAAAAGGAAAAGGAAAAGGAAAAGGACGCAGAUGACCGUCGACCUCGUCGACGAAGCCCCAGUCGCCGAAGGAGUCCUAGCAGACGAAGAAGCCCAAGUCGGCGACGAAGCCGUAGUCGCAGAAGGAACCGGAGUCGAUGA